AUGAAGUCUUCAUUGUGGACAGCUAGUUUGAUGUGGUUGGCAUGUCACACAACGGAAGCGUUUCAACCCUGCAAGAGCAACUUGCCACUCCAUAACACGAAGAUCUUUGCCCAACAAGAUCCAAAAGCCACCGAAGAAGAAGAGGAGGAUCUCCUUGCCGAAGCCGAUGCCCGUCUGAGUGAUAUUCUUCCUCCCGCUGUCAGCUUUUCUCGCAACUCCAUUCUGUUCAGCGAGAAACCCGUCACGCAGCGCGACAAUGAUGUCUUGGCAUUCUGGAGAGGCAUGAAAGCGACUGUGCCGCCCGUGAUCACGGGUGCUUGGCCAUGGCGAGAUCCCUAUUUGGCCGAUGAAAACCCCAUGACGGCAUUUUACAAUAUCCUCUUUGUGCGGCUACCCGUCAUUGCCAUGGCAUUGGUGUAUGCCAAGAAUUUAAAGGAAGGACAUCCACUCGUCAUGGACUAUGGGGAUGGCCCAUUUGAAGUCAGUCCAAUUGCUGUUUUGGUGCUCGUGGCUAUUAUCCUGGCAUGA